ACAAUAUCACCAGUAUUAUCAUAUUUUGAUAUUACUCCAAACUCUAUUAUUGUAGAAUCAGGAACAGGGUCUGGAUGUUUAUCAGCAGCAUUUGGGUCACGUUUACAAUUUGGAAAUGAACAAGGUAAAGGACAUUUAUAUACAUUUGAAUUUCAUGAACAACGAAAGAUUAAAGCAGAGGAAGACUUUAAAAUGCUUGGUCUUGACAAAGUUAUUACAGUUGUAUUACGUGAUGUUGUACAAAAUGGAUUUCUUGUUGAAGGGUUAUUGCAUGAACAAGAAGCAGAUUGUGUGUUUUUAGAUUUGCCAAAUGUAUAUGAAGCAAUUACACAUGCAUACAAUGUACUCAGAGUUGGAGGUAAAAUAUGUUGUUUCUGUCCAUGUAUUGAACAAAUACAAAAGUCAUGCCAAGAACUUAGAAAAGAUGGUCGGUUCACCAAUUUAUUAACAAAAGAAAAUGUUAUUAGACCAUAUUCAAUUAAAGGAGUUGGAAAAAGAAGUGAUGAUUGUAUGUCGAGUGAAAUAUUGUGUUGUCCAACAAAAACAAUUAAAGGACAUGUUGGAUAUGUAACAUUUGCUAUUAAGGCUAAGUGA